AUGUCCCAGCCAAUUUACAGCCAAGUCGCCCCGAAGCAGAUGAAGAAGAAGAAGCCGCAGAGGGACUUCGAUCCGCUGAACUACAACCAUGGGGGCAACGUGCAGAUACUGAAUGCGCCGCAGGAGAGCCGGCUCGAAAAGAUGGAGAAGCGCGAGGGGAGGAGGAAGGAGGAGACGAGAAGGAGGACGCAGAGGGCCGAUCCUGCUGAGGGCAAGGUGGAGGCCUACUUGCGGCAGAACCAAGUGAGCAUUCGACAGCAGCAGCACAGGCACUCAGCAGUGCGCCAAGCAGAGCAUAGGGUUAACUUAAGAUCUCUCCCACUAAACGAACUAACAUCGAGGCAUGAUCGGACACCAACAGACAGACAUCGAGGGUAUCAAGAAAGAAGGGAAAGAGAUAGAGAACGAGACCGGAACUUUGAUUUUGACGGUGGAACUCCUUUAAGCCCAAUAGAACCGAGGGGGAACGACAAAGAUUCCAGUCGUCCCUUUCGCAAGACAUCCUCAGCCCAACGAGUGAGCGAGACAGUUAUAUCGACAGAUAAGCGUCGCUUCUUCUGUCGGGAGUGGGUGUUCCAGAAAAUCGCUUAUUGUCUGGAACAGAGGGCGAUUAGCAAGACCUGCGGUGCUCUUAUAUUAGGGGACGCUGGUAGCGGCAAAACAGCGUUAUGUCAAGAACUAAGUCAGCCAGGCCCUGGACCUCAGGCAAGACAACAACGGGCCUUAAAUAGAAAACUAUUGGCCCGGCAUUUUCUUCAGGGCCCAGGAGAAGGUAGCCAACGACCAGGGGAGUUCAUCCGUUCACUUGCAAUGCAGAUAUUAAGUCAUUCGUCACACGCGAGGCAUUCUGAACGGGAUCAGUCGCCUAAAUAUGAUCCAGCGCCCUUAAAUAACCGACAUAACUCUGAAGAAAAUCUUAUACAACGGUUUCGCGAGAUGGGCGAAGAUACCGAGGACAGCUCGAAACCGCUAUUGGGUGACUGUGAAGAUCGUACAGACGACGAUGACGUGGGAAGCGGGCGACGCACCAAGACGAUAGACAGACUGCACGAAAGGGACGCCUAUAUGGAUUGUAUGAUGGACACGCAGGACCAGGUGCCAGAAAUUCAACCAAAAGCCAACGUGAAACCAACGAACCCAUUUCACGAUGACGAGUUUCGCCUCUACGAGAACCACGAGAACGUCUUCUUGAGGAACAUCUCGCAACGCCAGUCGAAGGAGCUUCGCAACUCCCGCCUCCUACGUCAAAGCUCCGAACCACUAACCGAGAAUAAACCGACAAUACUCCAAAAGAGCCUAUCCACAGAACAUGAAGAAAAGAAACCGGAGCGAACCGAACACAGCUCGCCGCCGAAAUCCCGAAUUCCCGUAGCGAACUUCCGGUAUCCGAACCGAACGGACGUUAAACCAGAAUCGCCGAAGAAAACGGAAGAGCUGCCGGAAUACACUAACAUCGUGCAUCCGGUGAAGGAUGAUCCGCAGACGGAUAUAGAACGGCUGUUGGAGAAGAAACGGUCUCAGAGCGAAGACGGCCCCCCUCCUAUACCCACGUUGCCUAUUAGUCCGCGGACUCUGAUAGCAAACGCGUAUUACGAUAAGUUGUUAUCGGACUGCGAGAUCCAGCAGGCGUUGCUGCCGCAGAAUUUGGAGAAGAAUCCGGAUGAGUGCUUCAAGAAAGCUAUCCUAUUUCCCCUGCUGGAGAUCGAUCCGCCGAAGCAGUGCUUGUUCUUGCUGGUAGAUGCUAUAGAUGAAGGUGGAAAUGGCAAACCGGAAACUGAAUGCAGCGUGGGCGCAUUGCUGUCCCGUCACCAGCACUUACUUCCGCAUUGGCUGUUAUUGGUCGCUACGGCUCGGCGACACUCGCGCCAUCUGACGAAGAUGUUCACAGGGUUCCGCAAAAUAACUCUCGACGAACUACAACGUGCUCAUGUAUCUGCUGACGUGCAAAGAUACGUCCUCGCGCGGCUGGACUCCGAACCACGACUUAGAAGCAGAGUUUCAAGUGACUCUACAGCAGCUGCAGCGGCGGCGGCUGCAUUAGAUCAUCUAAGGAUUAAGAGUGAUGGCUGUCUUCUUUAUUUGGAAAAGGUGCUAGAUGGCGUUGCAGACGGGUUUAUAGCGUUGCGAGAAAUUCGGGAAAUUCCCGGAACUCUCAACGGGCUGUAUCUCUGGUUGGCGCAGAGGUUGUUUCAUGGAAGAAGGUUCACUAAGGUUCGCAUGCUGUUGGAUGUAUUAUUAGCAGCUCGAUGCGGUGUGACUGAGGAGAUGCUGUACAAAUGUCUUCUCACUAAAGAGUACAGUGUCACCAGAGAAGACUUCAAUAGGAGGCUGCAUCUUUUGAGACGAAUAUUAGUGAUGGAAAGAUCGACCGGUUACCUCUCAAUAUUCCACCACUCGUUCGCCGCUUGGCUGCUAGAUGUUAAGCACUGCACGCGGCGAUACUUGUGUUGCGUCGCCGAUGGGCAUGCGGCUCUUGCCAUGUACUAUACGUUGCUGGCUAAGAGGUUAAGUGCUCUCGAAAUCCACAACUACGUUUACCACAUGACCUACCUCGAACAGCAUUUGUCCUCUCAGAAGAAAAAUAAAAAUACAGAAGAUGACGUCUUGAACCUUCACACGCUGAUCCUGCUGUGGGUUCUCGACUCCGGCUGUGACGUCGAACUCGCGCUAAAGAGGGAGACAGAUAUAGCUAAGCAAAUAGAGACGGAUAUUAUACAGAACGAUGCGAAGAUUGAAGAAAAAGAUAUCGAUCCAGAAUCUGAAAGCAAGGAGUCAUUGUCAAUUGAACCGUCGACUCUGGAGAGCAUUAUGCCGGAGCUGGUGAACGGCGAGCUGACGGCGCAGUGGCCGAGAGACAGACGGGUCCUGCGUGCCCUGCUAGAGCUGAGCCGGGCUGACUCUGUCCCUACCGAACCCGAGGCAGACGAGUUUAACGACAUGAUGUCAACGGAACAAGUGGAAAGCGAAGACAUAAACGAUGGAACAGGAGACGAACAAGACGAGACCCUACUCUUGGACCCCAGCACGGUUCACGAGCUUGCGACCAGGGGCGAUGAUGAGAGCUUAGCAGCACUUUUGAAGCGAUGUCCACAAUUGGCUGAAUCUCGUGAUGGAUGCGGCAGUACAGCGCUUCACGCUGCAGCGAGAAACGGUAGGGCGUCGUGUGCGGCGCUCUUGCUGCAGGCGGGCGCUUCGCCCUCGGCUGCAGAUUCUGAGGGUUGGAGUGUUUUAAGGGCAGCGGCUUGGGCGGGACACAGUGAGGUGGUGGACAUAUUGUUGGAACAUGGUUGUGACGUAGACUGUGUCGACGCCGACAACAGAACAGCUUUGCGUGCCGCAGCAUGGUCCGGCCACGAAGCUGUAGUGGCCAGACUGCUGGUGGGCGGAGCUGCUCCGGACAGGGCGGAUGCGUCCGGACGGACGGCGCUGAUGGCUGCAGCGUAUAUGGGACACGCGGACAUCGUCAGGAUGUUACUAGACGCUGGAGCUGAUCCCAACAAACCGGAUGAAGAUGGUAGAACAUCACUAGCGGUAGCAGCACUGUGCGGUACGGGAGCUGCGUGUGCGGCGCUGCUCAUCGAGCGAGGCGCAGAUGUCAGCACGCCAGAUAGGGAUAAGGCCACCCCGCUCUUGGUCGCAGCUUUUGAGGGCCAUACUGAAAUCUGCGAAGUACUUCUCGAAGCGGAAGCGGAUAUAGAAGCGACGGACUGCGCGGGACGAACGGCGCUGUGGGCUGCCGCGUCCGCUGGACACGCGGAUACCGUCCGAAACGUGGAAGUGGUCCGUCAGUUACUCGACAGAGGCUUAGACGAACAUCACAGGGAUAACUCUGGAUGGACACCGCUGCAUUAUGCCGCUUUUGAAGGUCACAUAGAAGUCUGUGAAGCUUUACUGGAAGCUGGUGCGAAGGUGGACGAAGCUGACAAUGAAGGGAAAGGGCCUCUCCUGCUGGCUGCGCAGGAGGGCCACGUGGAUCUAGUCAAGUUGCUAAUAGAUAAGGGCGGAGCACCGGUAGACCAGAGGGCGCAUGACGGCAAGACUGCGCUAAGAUUGGCAGCGCUGGAGGGUCAAUUCGAGACAGUGUCGUGUCUGCUCUCGCGGGGAGCGGACGUCGAUGCAGUGGACGCGGAUCGAAGGAGUACUUUGUACGUGCUCGCGUUAGACAACAGACUAGCUAUGGCGAGACAGUUGCUAGCUGCUGGCGCCAGUGUGCAUUGCUGUGAUACGGAGGGUCGCACACCUUUACACGUCUCCGCUUGGCAAGGACACACGGAGAUGGUCAAUCUCCUCAUCAAAGUUGGCGGCGCAGAAGUCGACGGCAGAGAUCGCUGCGCCAGAACAGCGUUGCAUGCAGCAGCGUGGCGCGGGCGCACCGCUGCUUUGAAAGCGCUGUUAAAACAUGGCGCUUCGCCCGCCGCUGUUUGCACGCAGGGUGCCACGCCCCUAGGGAUUGCUGCGCAGGAGGGUCACGAGGAAUGUGUGCUGUGGCUAUUACAGCACGGCGCGGAUCCGCUGCAGGCCGACCACUGCGGUCGAACUCCAGCCAAAGUGGCCUGGCGAGCCGGUCACGCCAACAUCUGCCGGUUGCUCGAAAGGUGGACUGCACCGUCAGCGCCCUCUGCCCCCGCCCCUCAGGUACAAGACGAGGAUCUCUUGGCGCCACUCAGAACUGGUUCUCCCGACUACAAACGACGCAGCGUCCACAGUUCAAACUCUACUAAGUCAUCGUCAAAUCUCACCGGAGGCUCCAAUAGAUCUCACGAACAAGAUGAUCCGGUGGAAAAGAGUAGAACGAACUCGUCGCUGACGUUCGCGCAGCAGGUGGCUCGCUGUGGGUGGGGCAGACGAGAUUUGGAUAAGGACGAGCCCAUCCCAGAAAAUCAUGUACUCGAAAACGAUACUAAACUCAGGAGCUACCAAGCGAACGAGCGUGACGUAACGCUACGCGGCGCCGGAGUGACGCGCUCACGUCGCCGUGAGGAACGACAUGGGGACACGUCCCCUUUGUACGCGUCACCGCCCCACUCGCCCCAGCGAUCGCCCCCACGGCCAGAUAGAGAUGACGGGUCCCAACCACCCAGUCUCACUUCUCAGCCCUUGGUCACGGAUACCCAUUUCAACAGAGACACGCACAUGCGCAUUAUACUUGGGCGAGAGAGCAAACAACACGAAAGGAGCGAGAGUAAAAACAAAAGAAACGGAAUCGUUACUAAUCCGGCGAUGCGCCUCGUUGCCAACAUGAGAAACGGCUUGGAUAACGCUGCAGCCAACAUACGGCGGACAGGAGUCGCGCUAGCGGCAAGUGCCAGUUCUUCGAAUCCAGCGGUCAAAACCAACGCAUUCCAGUGGAGAAAGGAGACGCCCCUCUAG